CUUAGAGGCUAACUCUGAGCUUUCGCAGCUGGCAUUUUGUCUCCUGUAGUGAAAACUGCAAGAGAGAGGAGUGGAGUUUCCCGAGGGAAGGGCUCAGGCUGGCGUCUUGGGCGGGCCAGCCCCCUCGGCGAGCUUCUGUGUCUGCCCACUUUCCUCCGCCUCCCUCCCUCUCUCCUCCCUUUUGCGUCGGGCGGGCGGGAGGCCGCAGAGGCAGAAUGUUCUUGCGCACGCGCUCGCGCAAUUACGGCCGAGGAGUUCUGUUCCUCGGGCAUUUUCCGAGGAAGUCUGGAGCAAUUAGGCUCAGUCCGGGGAGAGCUAGCGAGCGAGCGGGCGGCGCUGCCGGCGCGUCUGGGCUGCCUCGCUGGGAGGGAGGGGGCGGCCGGCCGCCCGGCGGCGACCCCGGGCCCCGGCCGCCACCAUGGGCUUCGAGCUGGACCGCUUCGACGGCGACGUGGACCCGGACCUGAAGUGCGCUCUGUGCCACAAGGUCCUGGAGGACCCGCUGACCACGCCGUGCGGCCACGUCUUCUGCGCCGGCUGUGUGCUGCCCUGGGUGGUGCAGGAGGGCAGCUGCCCGGCGCGCUGCCGCGGUCGCCUCUCGGCCAAGGAGCUCAACCACGUCCUGCCGCUCAAGCGCCUCAUCCUCAAGCUGGACAUCAAGUGCGCGCAUGCGGCGCGCGGCUGCGGCCGGGUGGUCAAGCUGCAGCAGCUGCCCGAGCACCUCGAGCGCUGCGACUUCGCGCCCGCGCGCUGCCGCCACGCGGGCUGCGGCCAGGUGCUGCUGCGGCGAGACGUGGAGGCGCACAUGCGCGACGCGUGCGACGCGCGGCCGGUGGGCCGCUGCCAGGAGGGCUGCGGGCUGCCCCUGACGCACGGCGAGCAGCGCGCCGGAGGCCACUGCUGUGCACGGGCCCUGCGGGCGCACAACGCCGCGCUGCAGGCCCGCCUGGGCGCGCUGCACAAGGCGCUCAAGAAGGAGGCGCUGCGGGCCGGCAAGCGCGAAAAGUCCCUGGUGGCGCAGCUGGCCGCCGCACAGCUGGAGCUGCAGAUGACCGCUCUGCGCUACCAGAAGAAGUUCACCGAGUACAGCGCGCGCCUUGACUCGCUUAGCCGCUGCGUGGCCGCGCCGCCCGGCGGCAAGGGUGAAGAAACAAAAAGCCUGACUCUUGUCCUACAUCGGGAUUCUGGCUCCUUGGGAUUCAACAUCAUUGGUGGCCGGCCAUGUGUGGACAACCAAGAUGGAUCGUCCAGUGAAGGAAUCUUUGUAUCCAAAAUAGUUGACAGUGGGCCCGCAGCCAAGGACGGAGGCCUGCAAAUUCACGACAGGAUUAUUGAGGUCAAUGGCAAAGACUUAUCCAGAGCAACUCAUGACCAGGCUGUGGAAGCCUUCAAGACAGCCAAGGAACCCAUCGUGGUCCAGGUGUUAAGGAGAACACCGCGGACCAAAAUGUUCACCCCUCCGUCAGAGUCACAGAUGGUGGACACGGGAACACAGACAGACAUCACCUUUGAGCACAUCAUGGCCCUGAGCAAGAUGUCCUCGCCCACCCCGCCGGUGCUGGAUCCCUAUCUCUUGCCAGAGGAGCAUCCCUCAGCCCAUGAAUACUAUGAUCCAAACGACUACAUCGCAGGCAUCCAUCAGGAGAUGGACAGGGAGGAGCUGGAGCUAGAGGAAGUGGAUCUCUACAGAAUGAACAGCCAGGACAAGCUGGGCCUCACGGUGUGCUACCGGACAGAUGAUGAAGAUGACAUUGGCAUCUAUAUAAGCGAGAUUGACCCUAACAGCAUCGCGGCCAAGGACGGGCGCAUCCGAGAAGGAGACCGCAUUAUCCAGAUUAAUGGGAUAGAGGUACAAAACCGUGAAGAGGCUGUAGCUCUGCUAACCAGUGAAGAAAACAAGAACUUCUCAUUGCUAAUUGCUAGGCCCGAACUCCAGCUGGACGAGGGUUGGCUGGAUGACGACAGGAACGACUUUCUGGAUGACCUGCACAUGGACAUGCUGGAGGAGCAGCACCACCAGGCCAUGCAGUUCACGGCCAGCGUCCUGCAGCAGAAGAAGCACGAAGAAGAUGGGGGAACCACAGACACGGCCACCAUCCUGUCCAACCAGCACGAGAAAGACAGUGGCGUGGGCCGGACAGACGAGAGCACGCGCAACGACGAGAGCUCGGAGCAGGAGAACAACGGCGACGAUGCCCCCGCAGCCUCCCCGCCGCUGGCUGGGCAGAGGAAGCUCACUUGCAGCCAGGAUACCCUGGGCAGCGGCGACCUGCCCUUCAGUAACGAGUCCUUCAUCUCGGCUGACUGCGCCGAUGCCGACUACCUGGGCAUCCCCGUGGACGAGUGCGAGCGCUUCCGCGAGCUGCUGGAGCUCAAGUGCCAGGUGAAGAGCGCCGGCCCCUAUGGCCUCUACUACCCCGGCAGCACCCUGGACGCCAGCAAGAGCGACCCCGAGAGCGUGGACAAGGAGCUGGAGCUGCUCAACGAGGAGCUGCGCAGCAUCGAGCUGGAGUGCCUCAGCAUCGUGCGCGCGCACAAGAUGCACCAGCUCAAGGAGCAGUUCCGAGAGCCCUGGAUGCUGCACAACAGCGGCUUCCGCAACUACAACACCAGCGUGGACGUGCGCAGGCGCGAGCUUGCCGACAUCUCCGAGCUGCCCGAGAAGUCCGACAAAGACAGCUCGAGCGCCUACAACACCGGCGAGAGCUGCCGCAGCACCCCACUCACCUUGGAGAUGUCCCCCGACAACUCCCUGCGGAGGGCGGCGGAGGGCGAAGGUGCCGCGGAAGCUUACGGGCCGUCCCCCAAGAACCUGCUCUCCAUCACAGAAGAUUCCGAGGGGGGCUCCCCGAACUACAGCCCUUCCCCUAAGGAGCUGGAUCCCAGCCCGGCUCCGGAGAGCAAAGAGAGGAAGCCCAGCGAAGACGGUGGUGGCAGCAGCGGGAGCCCCACCCCCGGCGCGAAGCUGGGGGGCUCAUACUUGCCGCCCUUCCCGCACUCGCCCUACAAGCACGCCCACAUCCCCGCGCACGCGCAGCACUACCAGAGCUACAUGCAGCUGAUCCAGCAGAAGUCAGCCGUCGAGUACGCGCAGAGCCAGAUGAGCCUGGUGAGCAUGUGCAAGGACCUGAACUCAGCCAACCAGUCGGAGCCGAGGAUGGAGUGGAAGGUGAAGAUCCGCAGCGACGGCACGCGCUACAUCACCAAGCGGCCGGUGCGGGAUCGCCUGCUGCGGGAGCGUGCGCUCAAGAUCCGCGAGGAGCGCAGCGGCAUGACCACGGACGACGACGCCGUGAGCGAGCUGAAGAUGGGGCGCUACUGGAGCAAGGAGGAGAGGAAGCAGCACGUGGUGAAGGCCAAGGAGCAGAGGCGGCGGCGCGAGUUCAUGAUGCAGAGCCGGCUCGAUUGCCUGAAGGAGCAGCAGGGGGCCGACGACAGGAAGGAGAUGAAUAUCCUUGAACUCAGCCACAAAAAGAUGAUGAAGAAGAGGAAUAAAAAGAUAUUUGAUAACUGGAUGACAAUCCAAGAACUCUUAACCCACGGCGCAAAGUCGCCAGACGGCACUAGAGUAUACAAUUCAUUCCUCUCAGUGACUACUGUAUAAUUUUCACUUCUGCAUUAUGUACAUAAAAGAGAACACUACCACUGGGGUAGCAAUUCCUGCCUCGUUCAAUGCGGCAAGUUUUUGUAUAUAAGAUAAAUCGCAACAUCAUGUUUAUAGUCUAAAUUAGCGAGCCCUACCUACCGCUCUGGGUGUCUUAGCUCUAUUUUAAGUGGAGAAAAACCACCCUUAACUACUAUCCUGGAAGGCAAUAUUAACCAAACAGCCUUUUUUUCAAACAGCAAGGAUACUUUUUUACUCGUUACCUUUUACAUAAAGUUUUUAAAUUUCAAAAAGAUCUUUUACUAAGCAUACCUUCACAGAAUAAUUUGUUUAAACUAUAUUCAUAUAAGAAAGUUAAACACGCUUUUUUCCUUUUCUGCUAAAAACACAGAUAUGACUGCCAGUAUGUAUUUUAACGGAGCUCUAUUUUAUAAUGUUACUUUGCUGAAUGUGUUUCACAGGAGUGACCAUUAAUAUAUUAUUUAGGUCAAAGCUUCAACUCAAACCCACCAAACUCUGUGGUUAACUAUAUAGAACGCACAUAACCAAACCAGCGGUGUUUAGAACUGGGAUACACAUUUAAACAUUUUUCUGGUUAAAGUUCCCAAGAGAGUGUAAACGUUUUAACAGAAGGCAAAAUAUAAUGCAACUUUGUGGGAGUUUACAGCAUGUUUGCAAAUACUGCAACUCAUUGGAGGACUUUGCAUGUACAGGAAAGUUGUGGAUGGAGAAGGUUUGUGGAAUUUUAAGUGCUCAUUGUAGUAAAAACCUUUGCUUUGUAGAUUCAAAGGGAGACUUUUACAAGCAAAUUCACAGAAUCAUGAUUAGUUAUAAACAAUUAAGUAAAUGAAGUUAAAAUAAAUUAUUAUUUUCUAUGUUUUGAAGUGUUCCUCAUUUUGCAGUGGUGCCUAUAAAAUAAAAGCCUUUUUUGCAGUGUUU